AUGGUAUUGCUGUUCAAUAAUGUUUUAGGAUCGGGUUUUAUCUACGUUCGAAUACGUGCCAGCAAAACGAUCCUUCGACCAGAACGUGAGACGGAAGUCUCGAUCGAUGGUCGAGAUAAAACUGCAUCGGGUCGACUUGGACAUGAAACAGAGGUUACGUCCGAAGUCGUAACCGUUGCGCGAGGCUGCCGAUUUGAAUAUGAAGCGAGUGUCUCAUCCAAAACCAUGUUAGGGAGUGGCGGUUGCCGACUCGAAUGUGAGGAUGAAACCUCAUUCGGAGUCGUGGCAAGCUGUGGAGGCUGCCAGCUAAGACGUGAAGCAGAUGCUUCGUCUAAAGCUAGUGCAGCGGGAAAAUAA